UUAUUUUCUCUUGCUUCUGUUGCACUGAUACCAAUGGUUGAGUUUUCUUCGCUCCCACUCCACUUGCUUCCACUUCAGUUGAGUUGAAUUCAAUGAAAUUGAGUUGAGUCACAGCAUUAGCAAUCCUUGGCAUAGCAUAGCAUAGCAAGAAUGAAACGAGGAAGAGGAGAGAGCAUGGGAGAAUCCAGUUCUAGGGUUUCUCCAACUCUACAGCACCCCACAGCAGGCAUCAUCAAGCGGCUUCGUCUCGAGAACUUCAUGUGCCACACCAAACACGAGACUGAGUUCGGAAGCCAUGUCAAUUUCAUCACGGGCCAAAACGGAAGUGGUAAGAGUGCAAUCCUAACUGCACUGUGUGUUGCAUUUGGCUGUCGGGCCAAAGGAACUCAAAGGGCAACCACUUUGAAGGAUUUCAUUAAAACUGGUGCCAGUAAUGCUGUCAUCCAAGUUGAAAUUCAAAAUGAAGGAGAGGAUGCUUUCAAGCCUGAAAUAUAUGGUCAUGUUAUCAAUGUUGAACGCCGGAUAUCUGAAUCCGCAAGUUCUACUACAUUAAAAGAUCACCAAGGAAGGAAAGUUGUUAGUCGAAAGGCAGAGCUUCAAGAGAUCGUUGAACAUUUUAAUAUUGAUGUGGAGAAUCCGUGUGUAAUUAUGACUCAAGACAAAAGCAGGGAGUUUUUGCAUUCUGGGAAUAACAAAGAUAAAUUUAAGUUCUUUUACAAGGCCACACUUCUUCAGCAAGUCAAUGAUCUUCUUGAGAGCAUUUUCAAGGAAAUUACUGUCGCAUAUGAAGUAAUUAAAGAGUUAGAGGCUGCAAUAAGGCCCAUAGAGAAUGAGCUUAAUGAGCUGCAAGUUAAAAUUAGAAACAUGGAGCAUGUUGAACAAAUAUCCAUACAGGUUCAGCAGUUAAAAAAGAAACUUGCAUGGUCAUGGGUUUAUGAUGUGGACAAGCAACUAGAGGAACAAAAUAUAAAGAUUGAAAAGUUGAAGAACCGGAUACCUACCUGCCAAGCUAAGAUUGAUCAACAACUGCAUUUGGUUGAUAAGUUGAAGGAAAGAUGCUCUGAGAAGAGAGAUGAGAUUGCAAGAAUGUUGGAGAAGACAUCACAAGUUAAGCAAAUGAAGGAAAACUUAAACCAAUCUGUGUCCAUGGCAAAAAAAGAGGCAUUUCAACUUGAGCGAGACUGCAAAAGCAAAACUAGCAACAUACAGAAGAUGGUACGACAACUUAAAAUGCUCAAACAACAAGUACAGGAUAUUCACGAGCAGCAUGUAAAAAAUACUCAGGCUGAAGAUUCUAACGUGGAGGAGAAACUGAAGGUGCUUAAAGAUGAGGUUCAUGCAGCUGAGUUAGAGCUGAAGAGAUUGAAAGAAGAAGAUGCUUCUUUAAUGGAGAGCAUACGUAGGCAAAAUGAUGAAAUCCAAAAUAUAGCUGAUAAGAUUCGUGAUCAUGAAAGAAAUCACCAUGCUAUCAUGGGCCGAAUCCGUGAUCUUCAACAACAUCAAAGCAAUAAGCUUACUGUUUUUGGAGGAGCCAAAGUAAUCAAUUUGUUACAAAUAAUUGAGAGAUACCACCAAAGGUUUAAAAUGCCUCCAAUUGGUCCAAUUGGUGCCCAUCUGAAGCUUCUUCAUGGUAAUAAAUGGGCACUUGCCCUUGAAUAUGCUAUUGGGAGAUUGCUCAAUGCUUUUAUAGUGACUGAUCAUGCGGAUUGUCGUCUUUUGAAACAAUGUGCGAAGGAAGCAAAUUAUGGUCACCUUCAAAUUAUUAUUUAUGAUUUUUCAAUCCCAAGGUUGAAGAUACCACACCAUAUGCUUCCUGAAACAGAACAUCCAUCUAUUCUUUCUGUCUUACAAUGCGAUAAUCACACUGUGAUUAAUGUCUUAGUGGAUCUGGGAAGUGUUGAGAGGCAAGUGCUAGUCAAGGAUUAUGAAGUUGGGAAAGUGGUUGCCUUUGAGCAAAGGAUCCGAAAUUUGAAGGAGGUCUACGCUGCAAAUGGAUGUAGAAUGUUUUCUCGAGGUCAAGUGCAGAAUGUUCUUCCUCCAAAUAAGAGGCAAAGAACUGGUCGUCUUUGUGGUUCUUUUGAAGAUGAGAUUGAGAAACUUCGUGCUGAAGCAUCUGAUGAACAAAGGAUUGCCAGUGACUGUAAGAAAAAUAAAAGAGUGGCAGAAGUCAAGCUUGAGGAACUUGACAAAUAUAUGAGUUCUAUUAAGAGACAAUGUGUAAAUGCAGGUAAAAGUUUCACUUCUAAGAAGCUAGCUUUGGAGGAAGAAAUGCAUUUGCACACUGCUGAAAAUAGUGCAACACCUUUGUCCUCUGUUGAUGAGCUCGUGGAAGAAAUUUCAGAGAUCCAGAAAAAGAUAGAAGAAGAACAAGUUUUGCUAGAGGGCCUUGAGCAAAAGGGGCUUGAAGCUGCAGGAAAAGCAGAUGGUCUUAAAGUAAAGUUUGACAAACUGUGUGAAUCAGCGAAUGUUGAAAUCGCUGCCCUGGAGAAAGCUGAGAGUGAACUUGUAGAAAUUGAAAAAGAAAUGGGUUCAGCAAGAAAGGCAAAGGAUCAUUAUGAGGGUGUUAUGAAAAACAAGGUCCUAAGUGAUAUUGCGGAGGCAGAGGACCACUAUCAGGAGCUUACAAAAAAGCGCAAGGAAAGUGUUGAAAAGGCUUCCAUAAUAUGCCCCGAGAAUGAACUUGAUUCAUUGGGAGGUUGUGAUGGGAAUACCCCAGAGCAAAUCAGUGCUCAAUUAGGAAGACUUAAUCAGACACUUAUGCGUGAGAGUCAAAGGUACUCUGAAUCAAUCGACGAUCUUAGGAUGCUUUAUAAGAAAAAAGAGCGUAAGAUUAUGAAAAGGCAGCAAGUUUACAAAACCCUUCGACAGAAAUUGGAUGCUUGCCAGAGAGCCUUGGAGUUACGAACCAGAAAGUUUCACAGAAAUGCAACAUAUCUGAAGCACCAACUUUCUUGGAAAUUUAAUGGCCAUUUGAGGAAGAAGGGAAUUAGUGGACUUAUCAAAGUUAAUUAUGAACAGAAAACCUUAAUGAUUGAGGUACAAAUGCCACAAGAUGCAUCAAACGAAGCUGUUCGAGAUACUAGGGGGCUUUCAGAUGAACGACGGAAACAGCUAUGUAUUGAUGUUGAAACUUUAGGGUUUUAGCCCAGGAAAAGGGAAAAGAAAGAGAAGGGUAACAACAAAUUAGAUAUUAAGAUGUUUCUAUCAAAACACUAUUACCGAAUUCAUGUGUUUAUAUGGAUUUGAUUCAUCACUAAUACUACUUGUUCAGGCCCAAACUCACUACUAGUAAAACUUGUUACCCUAAUAUCUUCUAAUAUAUUCCAUAAUUAUAUCUUUUAUGCAAGGGGAAAUUAUAGUCUUUGCAUUUGGUUUUGGGCUGAACUUAACUCUACAAAAGUGAGGGUUGUCUUUCACUUGCGGGCUCUUCUUUAGCUUUAUCUCUUGUCAAGCUUGGGCUUGAACUUUUUCCAUAUACAUCCUCUCGUAGCCAACGCUAUUGGGUUUAGUGUUUGUAUAAAUACCCAGUGGACAAACUUUUCUUAAGAGUUUGAGUCUUACUCAAUCUUAUAAAAUUAGCUUCAGGUGAGAGAAUUUCCCACUUAUAUUCACUACUUUUGUCUUAUUUUAAUCAAUGUAAUGUAAAUAAAUUAUCUGUUUACAUUAUUGGUACAGGUUGGGUUGCUAACCUGGUUGAUGCAAUAGCAUUUUUUCUUUAAUUAAGAAAGUUAUCUGUUUACAUAUGCAUUGGUUUGUUCUUGUACAUGUAUUUGUCAUCCAUUCCUCUCUUGAUUUUUGAUAUAACUGUUGGGAAAUUUAUUAAACAUAUCAUUU